CCCCCCAAAGGAACUAUGGAGGCCGCGCCCGGGACCCCCCCGCCGCCGCCAUCAGAGUCGCCGCCGCCGCCAUCGCCGCCGCCGCCAUCAACGCCUUCGCCUCCUCCGUGUUCCCCCGACGCCCGCCCGGCCACCCCGCACCUCCUCCACCACCGCCUCCCGCUCCCUGACGACAGGGAAGAUGGAGAGUUGGAGGAAGGCGAGUUGGAAGAUGAUGGGGCAGAGGAGACCCAGGAUACCUCCGGAGGGCCUGAGAGAAGCCGGAAAGAAAAGGGGGAGAAGCAUCACAGUGAUUCAGACGAGGAGAAGUCUCACAGGAGACUGAAGCGGAAACGGAAGAAGGAACGGGAGAAAGAGAAAAGAAGGUCGAAGAAGAGGAGGAAGUCCAAGCACAAACGCCACGCUUCUUCUAGCGAUGACUUCUCUGACUUCUCAGAUGACUCGGAUUUCAGCCCCAGUGAGAAAGGGCACCGCAAGUACAGAGAGUACAGCCCCCCGUAUGUGCCGUCCCAUCAGCAGUAUCCCCCGUCACAUGCCACGCCCCUGCCCAAGAAGGCUUACUCCAAGAUGGACAGCAAGGGCUAUGGCAUGUAUGAGGACUACGAGAACGAGCAGUACGGGGAAUACGAGGGUGACGAGGAGGAGGACAUGGGCAAGGAGGACUACGACGACUUCACUAAAGAGCUGAACCAAUACCGGCGUGCCAAGGAGGGCAGCAGCCGCGGCCGAGGCAGCCGAGGCCGGGGCCGGGGCUACAGGGGCCGAGGAAGCCGUGGAGGAUCGCGAGGCCGUGGCAUGGGCAGAGGCAGCCGAGGCAGGGGCAGAGGCGUGGGAGGAGACCACCCAGAGGAUGAAGAGGAUUUCUACGAGGAAGAGAUGGACUAUGGAGAGAGUGAGGAGCCAAUGGGAGAUGAUGACUAUGACGAGUACUCCAAGGAGCUAAACCAAUACCGCCGCUCUAAGGAUGGCCGUGGCCGAGGGCUAAGUCGAGGCCGUGGCAGGGGCUCCCGAGGUCGAGGGAAAGGGAUGGGCCGGGGCCGAGGCCGAGGUGGCAGCCGAGGAGGGAUGAACAAGGGUGGAAUGAACGAUGACGAAGACUUCUAUGACGACGACAUGGGCGACAGUGGUGGUGGUGGAAGCUACCGGAGUCGUGACCAUGACAAGCCCCACCAGCAGUCGGACAAGAAAGGCAAAGUCAUCUGCAAGUACUUCGUGGAAGGGCGCUGCACCUGGGGAGACCACUGUAAUUUUAGCCAUGACAUUGAACUCCCAAAGAAGCGAGAACUGUGCAAGUUUUACAUCACUGGAUUUUGCGCCAGAGCCGAGAACUGCCCCUAUAUGCAUGGCGAUUUCCCGUGUAAGCUGUACCACACCACUGGGAACUGCAUCAAUGGUGACGACUGCAUGUUUUCCCACGACCCUCUGACCGAAGAGACCAGGGAGCUCUUGGAUAAGAUGUUGGCUGACGAUGCAGAAGCAGGUGCUGAGGAUGAGAAGGAAGUGGAGGAACUGAAGAAGCAGGGCAUCAAUCCCCUGCCCAAACCACCCCCUGGCGUGGGCCUCCUACCCACUCCCCCUCGGCCCCCUGGCCCGCAGGCUCCAACCUCUCCCAAUGGCAGGCCCAUGCAGGGUGGCCCCCCGCCCCCACCCCCGCCCCCUCCCCCGCCGCCAGGGCCCCCUCAGAUGCCCAUGCCAGUGCACGAGCCCCUGUCCCCGCAGCAGCUACAGCAGCAGGACAUGUACAACAAGAAGAUCCCCUCCUUGUUUGAGAUUGUGGUACGGCCCACGGGACAGCUGGCUGAGAAGCUGGGUGUAAGGUUCCCUGGACCUGGUGGACCUCCAGGGCCAAUGGGCCCUGGGCCCAACAUGGGACCCCCUGGGCCAAUGGGUGGUCCAAUGCACCCUGACAUGCACCCCGACAUGCACCCCGACAUGCAUCCUGACAUGCACCCCGAUAUGCACCCCGACAUGCCAAUGGGCCCUGGCAUGAAUCCUGGUCCACCCAUGGGCCCUGGUGGCCCCCCAAUGAUGCCCUACGGUCCUGGAGACUCCCCACAUUCUGGAAUGAUGCCCCCCAUCCCGCCAGCCCAGAACUUCUAUGAAAACUUCUACCAGCAGCAGGAGGGCAUGGAGAUGGAGCCGGGACUCCUGGGGGAUGCAGAGGACUACGGGCACUACGAAGAGCUGCCAGGGGAGCCUGGGGAGCACCUCUUCCCUGAGCACCCUCUGGAGCCCGACAGCUUCUCUGAGGGAGGGCCCCCAGGCCGGCCGAAGCCAGGCGCCGGUGUCCCUGACUUCCUGCCCUCAGCCCAGAGGGCCCUGUACCUGAGGAUCCAGCAGAAGCAGCAGGAGGAGGAGGAGAGAGCGAGGAGGCUGGCUGAGAGCAGCAAGCAGGACCGGGAGAAUGAGGAAGGUGACACUGGAAACUGGUACUCAAGUGACGAGGAUGAGGGUGGAAGCAGUGUCACCUCCAUCCUGAAGACCCUGAGGCAGCAGACAUCCAGCCGACCCCCUGCUUCAGUCGGAGAGCUGAGCAGCAGUGGGCUGGGGGACCCCCGCCUCCAGAAGGGGCACCCCCCAGGAAGCCGGCUGGCUGACCCUCGCCUCAGCCGGGACCCCAGACUCACCCGCCACGCAGAGGCUUCUGGCGGGUCUGGUCCAGGGGAUUCGGGACCCUCAGAUCCACGGCUGGCUCGCGCCCUGCCCACCUCCAAGCUCGAAGGCAGCCUUCAUUCCAGUCCUGUGGGCCCCAGCAGUUCCAAGGGAUCUGGGCCACCCCCGGCAGAGGAGGAAGAAGGGGAGCGAGCCCUGAGGGAGAAGGCUGUGAACAUUCCCCUGGACCCGCUCCCUGGGCACCCGCUGCGGGACCCACGGUCACAGCUGCAGCAGUUCAGCCACAUCAAGAAGGACGUGACCCUGAGCAAGCCCAGCUUCGCUCGCACCGUGCUCUGGAAUCCCGAGGACCUGAUCCCCCUGCCUGUCCCCAAGCAGGAUGCAGUGCCUCCUGUGCCUGCCGCCCUGCAGUCCAUGCCCACCCUGGACCCCCGGCUGCACCGCCCUGCCACGGCAGGGCCACCCAACGCUCGGCAGCGCCCAGGCACCUCCACGGACUCCAGCACACAGGGCACCAACCUCCCCGACUUUGAACUUCUCUCUCGCAUCCUCAAGACGGUCAGUGCCACCGGCUCCUCUGCCACCCCUGGCUCCAGCGACAAACCCAGUGACCCCCGGGUUCGGAAGGCCCCCACUGACCCUCGGUUGCAGAAACCGACAGACUCCACAGCUUCCUCCAGGGCUGCCAAGCCCGGCCCCACUGAGUCGCCCUCUCCCACCGCCAGCCCAAGUGGGGAGGCCUCCCCUCCAGCCACCGCUCCCUAUGACCCCCGCGUGCUGGCAGCUGGUGGGCUGGGCCAGGGUGGAGGGGGUGGGCAGAGCAGUGUGCUGAGUGGCAUCAGCCUCUAUGACCCAAGGACUCCCAACGCGGGGGGCAAAGCUGCAGAGCCGGCCGCCGACACAGGUGCCCAGCCCAAGGGCGCCGAGGGCAAUGGCAAGAGCUCGGCCUCCAAGGCCAAGGAGCCCCCGUUCGUUCGCAAGUCCGCCUUGGAACAGCCGGACACGGGGAAGGCUGGUGCCGAUGGGGGCGCCCCCACAGACAGAUACAACAGCUACAACCGGCCCCGGCCCAAAGCCACCACGGCCCCGGCUGCCACCACCGCCACCCCGUCCCCCGAGGGUGCUCCAUCCCAGCCUGGAGUGCACAACCUGCCGGUGCCCACCCUCUUUGGGACGGUGAAGCAGGCGCCCAAGACAGGCUCAGGAAGCCCGUUUGCUGGGAACAGCCCAGCCCGAGAGGGCGAGCAGGAUGCGGCGUCCCUGAAGGAUGUUUUUAAAGGCUUCGACCCCACGGCCUCCCCUUUUUGCCAGUAGUGUCCAGCCAGAGCCAUGGCUCCAGCCGCCCUUUCCAGGGUGGCAUUCAGGGCAUCACCCAGGAUGGGGAUCUUGGGGGGCAGGGGAGGCAGGCUGGGUGUUCAGUUUUUCUUUUUUCCUUUUCCUUUUCCUUUUCUUUUUCUUUGCUUCUCUUUUUUUUUUUUUUUUUUUUUUUUUCUGUGAGACUUAUAAAUUGUAUAUAACCAUCUUAAGUUCCGGUCAGUGUGGCAGGCUCUCGGGCUCCUGCUGAGCAAACCGACUCAUGCCCG